GGUCAAAAUGAAGACGCUGCUGGCCCUGGUCCUCUUUCUGUUCACCUUGACCAUCUUUUCAGAUUCUUCCCCAAUACUGACAGAAAAACAAGCUAAGCAGCUCCUGAGAAGUCGGCGGCAGGAUCGGCCCAGCAAACCUGGUUUCCCUGAUGAGCCAAUGUGGGAAUACAUGCUUUACCUUCUUCAGCUGGAGCAGAGAGCAGAGGAGCAAUUUCUUGAGCAUUGGCUGAAUCCACAUUGCAAGCCACACUGUGAUAGGAAUCUGGUACAUCCUGUCUAAUAUGUCUGGGAUUCUCAGAUGCCAAGAAUUGCUUUUUGAGGAACAACCCACAUUGCAUUUAAGCAAUAUAAAUGUCCCUCUGCAUUUCUUUCCUGACCAUAGGAAUGGGUAUCUUCAGGGACUGUGGAAUUUGGUGCCAUCUUACUAAUGCACCAAUUGCAAAGGUUGCUCAAAG